AUGGUAUCCAUUCGCGCAGCCACGGCUGCCGAUCUUCUUCAGAUCCAAGCCAUCAACACUCACUACAUCCUCAAUACAUGCCUCACAUUCGCACAAAACCAUCCUCCUUCCACAGUCCACAAAGCCAGGCUCAGUGACCUCCACAAUCGUGGACUACCAUAUCUUGUCGCCACGGAAGCCAACGACAAUACGAAAGAGACCGUGCUUGGGUAUACCUAUCUGUCUCCCUUCCGAGGCCAUAUGCUCUCCUAUGGCUCUACCGUGGAGCUUUCGCUCUUCGUCCAUCCCGACUACCACUCGCGGUCGAUUGGAUCGUUACUCCUUUCGACUGUUCUAGAGUGUAUGCAGACCCCUGGGAUAUAUCACCGCGCUUUUGAAGUGACAGGGGAUGGCGAAGACCAGCGCGAAAUAUUUGCCAGAGAUGAGGGGGGUGUUCGUGUCAACAACAUCGUAGCUGUCAUGGCAGUUGAUCCAGAGGGUAAAGACGGGGGAGAUGCACUGCGACGCUGGUAUAUCAAGCGUGGAUUUGUUGAAUGUGGACGUCUGAAGAAUGUUGGGUUCAAGAGGGGGUACUGGCUUGAUACGAUUUAUUUUCAGUAUACGCUCUCCGAGUAG